GACCAACUCGGGGGCCAAAGGGCUUUACUUUGCGGGAUCCUCUGAGACGCAAAUUAUUAUUGUUAUUCCUCAGGAUUUUGUGUGUUGCGUCGUCGAACAAAUCCGAUUGGGUGCUAUGACGAAGCGGCAUGGUUGGUUGCUGCGUGCUCUCUUGGUCUUUGCCCUGUUCUUACAUUACCUUCGUGGAAAUGCUCGUAGACGGUAUGAUUUAGAGAAGGCGCGACGGAAACGAUGGCAUGUGGCGAGCACCCCGAAUGAUUGUACUAGUGUGGGUGGGGUGGCAAGGCGUCUUGGUCGCGCCGUUGAGGAGGCUAUGGAAGAAUCGUCUCGGCAUCAAUGGGGGAUUCAUGUGACGAUUCCAUCCAAGGUGUCGGGUUUGGACCAAGACCAGCAAGCAUCCUUUGAUGUGCCUCAUCUUCUGUGGGUAACGAAUACCACUUCUGUGGGUGACAUGGAAUCAUUUUUCUUGGCAGUUUUUCAUGCCAACGUCGGCGGAGAUUCGGAAUACACAGGCCAGUACCAAGCCAUUUAUGUAGCCCGAAGCAAUAGCAUUGAUUCUCCGGGCCAAGUCCCUUCGAAAUGGAGGGUGCUGUCCAAAUUGGCCACCAGAGGAUCCAUGGGUUACUUGCAUUGGCAUCCCGACGGAAAACAACUCUUCUUGGCCUACGAACUCGAAGACUUCUUGCAUGGAAAUACCAUUGCCAUUCGUUUGUAUCCAUCCUUACAAGCCCUGAUUACUUCCUCAUGGUAUAAUGAAGUCCAGUUGAAGCAACGAGUCAAGAUAUGGCCUUGGUUCUUUCUCCCCGUUCCGGUGGUCAGCGUGGGCACUCCAACAUUUUCCAAAGUAGUAGUGCAAGACAAGAAAACAACAAUUUACCUUCGGUUUUAUUACUACCUUUGGACUGACUUACCCGGCACGGGGAUUGUGAACUUCCAACCGCCACACGAUAAUCAGCAGCAGCAGCAUGUACUCAAAGGAUACAGCUGGAAUGCCAAACAAGAUGAUACCGUAGUGACCGCACUACGCAAGCUGCAAGUCAUGGGCAAAAUUGGUCAACGUGCCACUUUGCAACAUCCAUCCGACCACAGCAGUAGCUUUCUGCUGUUUGAAGGGAAAAUGGCCAAUGCCGACGAGCAGUAUAUUGGUUGGCUCAGUUGUCGACCAAUCCUCUACGAUGCAUCUUCUCAACAAGCGGCAAUCGUGCCGCUUGCAUUGCCCCAGCAGUUGCAGACAUUUUGCAAUCCUACAAUUACCUAUAUCCAGGGCAAUGACGACUACUGGGCCUUGUCUUUUUUCGUUCCAGGAGAACCUUUUCGAGAUGGACUGCCUGAAACCUACGCCAACUAUACUCCGGUUGAAAAGUGUCCUACCUGCGCCGCAAAUCCCAUGCAGAAGGCAGAAAGUCCUGCCAAAAAGGGAGCGCUGUUGGUCAUGAUCAAGGUGGAUUCUGUCUUUCCGUCGCCUUGUUGAUUACUACAGUACUGUAUGAACAACGGAGGUUGCUCAUAUGGAUCCUUUGCGCGUCAAGGCAUGGUCAAGUGAUGCAGUUGGCACACGUCUACCUUACCUGCCAAGGAAGUUCCUACGGUUGUCAUAGCCACAUUGCUGAUCAACAGAGGCUGCAAAGGAUUUUGUAUGCGCACCGGUUACAUUGGCAGCUGGGCAAGCAAGAAGCAGCCAGCAUCAGAGGUUACGGCAAACAACUGGAUUCAGCGUGCCACAAUUGACCUGGAAUCGACGGAAGCGGAAGAAAUCGCAUGGGGAUGGUAGGGAUGGUGCCGGUAGAGAUGGGCCAACGAAGCAGCAUGCGGGCGUUUCGGCCGGUCGCAAUUAUCGAAUGUGUUGUACCUCAUCCAGGCUUCACAGAGGCAACGGUACGACAAUCAAAAUGAAGCCAGCGCACACUUACUUGUGCUAUAGCAUAGCGAAGCUGGCAUAGGGCUCACCUGUGCUUGCUCGGACAUCUAGGGUAGCUUGGUGCAGGCACCUAACUUAGCUUUGUAGUGUUGGGAUAGGAUCGUACUUUGCUCCUGCGCCCGUCAAGAUUCGAUUCCUCUAAAAGACGCUGCAAGAAUCCCUCGCUAGCUAGCUAGGAGCUGGUAGCUAUCCAAGAGGCCUCGAAGAUGGGCAUCGAUCCUGCUUCGGAGUAGCAUAUGUUCGUCUGUACAUGUGCCACUCGUUGCGAUUCAAGAAGAACAAUGAGCUGCAACUCCGAGCACAACAAACUUCAACCCAAGAAACCUUUGUGCACGUGACUCCGAGAUAGACUACUUCAGAAGCUGCAGUGUGCAUGUGUGCAUUGAUACUAGUACCGCGAAAGACGAGUCCAGAUAUAUUGAUGGACAAAUAUGUCGCUCCACUUACGGUGCUACCGGUGGCUACGACUGUACUAGCCUUCCCAGGAGGAUACGUCGUGCGCAGCACUCGAAUUUCUUUGGCAACUCCAUCAUGCCUUUUACUUCGCCCGAAGCCGCCAGCCACGCACUCGUUCCUUUGUGACGAGCGGCGCCAUCAUUAUAGUUUGCAGCACUCCUCACUACCGGUGGACUGCCCCUAUACUAGCUAUCCUGAUGGCCAUGCCACUCGAUAGCUUGUGCUUUGAGACCACCAGCUCGUACUCUAGCUAGCCAGCAGUACAUCUUCCACUUGUAAUCGAGAAAGGAAUUUGCAACUUUUACAAAAAAAUUUACGGACACUGUCUAAGAGACUGUCAUUCCCACAAAUGCUUUAGUUGAGACAAUCUGCGCAACCCCAAGUACACCCCUUCAAAUCUGCCCACCCACUUGCGUGUACAGACCAGAGGGGCCGGUAAAGCUGCCCAACGCAAUCAAUUGCAUCUUUGUGAUGCUUGCCAUCUUUGAUGGUAAAAUACAAGCAUUCUGGAUCAUUGACGACACGCUUGUUCGUUCUUGCAACGGGAGGAUAGUGGGCAUAGGCAUAUGGCUCGCCUGUGUGGGUGGCACUCACAUUAAGUUCUUCCACAACAACUUGCCCUCCUCCGUUUUCCUUGAUGGACUCAUACUGAAGGCGAAUGUCGGGAAAACUCUUGUGGAUCUUAUUCAACUCAACUGCAAAGAACUUUGCCGUAUUGAUUGGAGACUCUUCAAACUGAACUUCAACACCAUCAUCUGCAAAGAAACCACAAAUUUCUCCCACCGUGGCAGCCGUGUUGUUCCAAGCGUCCAUGAGCCGGGUAACAAUUUUUUCAUUGGUUGUGACAUGCUCCUCCACGAUGUCUGGAAUGUCAGUGGCAUUGGUAGCUGCGGUGUCACUGCUCAGACUGGUGCUGGAAACAGAAGUAUCACAGGUCACGUCUGAGGAUGGUGGAGCUUGCAACUUGCCACCAAUCUGCAUGUACAAGCCAGGCCCCCCAUUCAUGUCUCCCAAAGAAAUGAUUUGCAUGACAGCGAUCUUGCCAUUCUUGAGGAAGAACAGGAACCUUUCAGGGUCAUUGAUAACAUGCUUGUUGGUGGUUGGAACCGGAGGAAAGUAAGCAAAGCCAUAAGGCUCUCCUGUAUGAGUGGCACUGACUCGAAUGCUCUCCACAAACACUUGCCCAGGGCUCUCCUCCUUGAUCGUCCCAUGCUCAAAGUUGAUAUCAGGAAAGCUCUUG